UUUGGUGAGUUUUGGCCAAACGUUUGGGGAAUUAUCUUUGAGGCUUGUUGGCAACAGGAGGUUGCCAGAGUCAGGAAGAGGAGCUCCUCCUCUGUUUGGUCCCCAAGGUAGCAGCGGGGAGAGGGCCAUUUUCUUUGGCACCGACGUGAGGAUGAGGAGGAGGAGGAGGAGAUUUCCAACCAGCAUAAUGUUGGCACUCCAAAUUUUGAGCAAGUAUUGUACAGCAUGGCGCAGGCAGAAGGUAACCUGGACCAUGACAUACCACUCUUAUUCCUUCCACCCUACUGGGCUAAAACUGUUGUGGGCCUCCUUUCCAUCAUCUGCUUUGUGAACAGCUAUGAUGGUGACUUUGUCUUUGAUGAUUCGGAAGCUAUCAUCAAUAAUAAGGACCUCAGGUCAGAAACUCCCCUUGGUGAUCUGUGGCAUCAUGACUUUUGGGGCAGCAAACUCAGUAGCAAUACCAGUCACAAAUCCUAUCGACCACUUACUGUGCUAACGUUCAGGAUUAAUUACCUUUUAGCUGGAGGCUUCCACCCAUUGGGCUUUCAUAUCAUCAAUAUAAUACUCCAUUGUGUGAUCUCUGUCUUAAUUGUUGAUGUCUUCUCAAUAUUAUUGGGUGGACUGCAGUACACCAAUAAAGGAAGACGACUAAACUUUGUCCCCAAAUCAUCCCUGCUAGCUGCUUUGCUGUUUGCUGUACAUCCUGUGCACACUGAAUGUAUUGCAGGGAUUGUUGGCAGAGCAGACCUGUUGUGUGCCCUGUUCUUUUUGUUGUCUUUCCUUGUCUACUGCAAGGCAUUUAGAGAAAGUAAAGAAGGAUCCAAUUUUUCUACAACCUGGGUCUUGUUGAGUGUUCUCCUCGGUGCUACAGCCAUGUUGUGCAAAGAACAAGGAAUUACAAUACUGGGUUUAAAUGCUCUUUUUGAUGCUGUAGUGAUUAACAAGCUUAAUAUUUUGGAAAUCCUUUUGAAGAUACUGCAUAAGGAUAAAUCAUUGGAGAGUCUGGUGGUAUUUAGAAAAGGACUCCUUUUCAGGAUAACUCUCCUGUUAUCUGGAGGAGCUACUGUUCUCUAUGUGCGCUGGCGAAUUAUGGGCACAGGUCCCCCAGCAUUUACUGAAGUGGAUAACCCUGCUUCAUUUGAUGAUAGUCCACUUGUAAGGGCUAUAAACUAUAAUUACUACUAUUCCUUGAAUGCAUGGUUGCUGCUGUGUCCCUGGUGGCUGUGUUUUGAUUGGUCAAUGGGCUGCGUGCCCCUUAUUAAAUCAGUCAGUGACUGGAGAAUAAUUGCACUCGGAGUUCUUUGGUUCUGCCUAAUUGCUCUGAUGUGCCAAGCCUUGUGCUCCGAAGACAGCCAGAAGAGAAGAAUCCUUACAUUGGGAUUGGGAUUUCUCAUUAUUCCUUUUCUUCCGGCGAGCAAUCUGUUCUUUCGAGUUGGAUUUGUCAUUGCGGAAAGAGUAACCUAUUUGCCCAGUAUUGGCUACUGCAUGUUGAUUACGUAUGGAUUCAGUCUGUUGAGCAAACAAGUUAAGAAAAAGAAAUUUCUUGUUGCUGCUCUGCUGGGCGUCUUGGUGAUAAACGUAUGGCGUUGUGUAAUCCGCAGUAACCAGUGGAGAUCAGAAGAGCAGCUUUUUAGGAGUGCUUUGUCAGUGUGUCCAUUGAAUGCCAAAGUUCAUUAUAAUGUUGGCAAAAACUUGGCUGAUAAAGGCAACCAAACUGCUGCAAUCAACUAUUACAGGGAGGCGGUAAGAUUGAAUCCAAAGUAUGUGCAUGCUAUGAACAACUUGGGAAACAUCUUGAAAGAAAGGAAUGAACUACAAGAAGCAGAAGAGCUUCUGCUGCUAGCUGUACAAAUCCAGCCUGAUUUUGCAGCAGCAUGGAUGAAUUUAGGAAUAGUGCAAAAUAGUUUGCGAAGAUAUGAAGAAGCGGAGCAAAGCUAUUGGACUGCAAUUAGGCACAGAAAAAAAUAUCCAGACUGUUACUAUAAUUUAGGCCGUUUGUAUGCCGAUCUAAAUCGCCACGUAGAUGCACUGAAUGCCUGGAGAAAUGCCACUGUUCUGAAACCACAACACAGUUUAGCUUGGAACAACAUGAUUAUAUUGCUUGAUAAUACAGGUAACUUAGCACAAGCAGAAGCUGUGGGAAGGGAAGCUUUGGAAUUAAUACCCAAUGAUCACGCGCUCAUGUUUUCAUUGGCAAAUGUAUUGGGGAAAUCACAGAAAUAUAAGGAAUCUGAAGCUUUGUUCCACAAGGCAAUUAAAGCCAAUCCAACUGCAGCCAGUUACCAUGGUAAUUUGGCUGUGCUGUACCAUCGCUGGGGAAAUCUUGACUUAGCCAAGAAACACUAUGAAGUCUCUCUGAAGCUUGACCCCACAGCAGCUGGGACCAGGGAGAACUAUAGUCUUUUAAAAAGGAAGCUGGACCAACUGCAAAAAAGGGGUGAUGUCUGAGGUUUCUUCUCAGGCUUUGAAUGCACAGUGCAUGCCAUUUAUUGAUAACAUGGCUACUAAUCACCAGGGAGAAGCAUUCAGUCACACUGUCAUUUAAAAACAACAGGGGAAAAAAUACCCUUAAUUAUAGCACCAGCAGCAGACGCUCGAAUGUUUCGUGGAGGCUGGCGUCAGAAGUAAAUGAAUUAAAAAAAAACUUUAGAAUUUUUCAUUCAGAGAAUUAAAGGGUUUGUGCUUCUCCUUUUAAAUUUUUGAAGCAGCUUUAAAAUAGCUUCAGUAUUUACAUUCUUAUAGCCAGAGGACAUGUUCUAAUAAGAAACCAGACUGAAAUAAAGAUCGAGACAUAUUCAAGAUGCUACACGGAUGUAAAACAUGAAACGGUACAACAGGAAUGGAAAUGAAUGAUCAAGUUUUGCUUUCAUGUGCAUUUGUCAGUGGAAAUUCCAGUGCAGUGUUGUGCCCUGUAAUAAUGACAUCACUUAGAGCAACAGAUGUUGGUUAGUACAUCCAUGUAGAGACAAUGUGUAUUUCAAAAACAUGGAGGAAGCUGUUGCUUUUUUUCUGACAUUUUUUGUUCUGCCUGUUGUCAAAGCACAGCUCAUAUACCUGGUGAGAAUGGAAUACAUUCAGAUACUGUCCACAUCAAGAGAAAACUUUGAAUUCAGUCUUUGUAUAGGUUCAGAGUCAACCUGUACCUGUUGCCAUGCAGCUUAAUGGGUUGCAAAAGAGGGUUUUGCAUCAAUGUGCUUUAAACUGGAAAGCUUCUAAAGCCUGGAAGUCUGCCCAGCAUCUUGUAGCACUUCAGUUGGGCAGCGGUUAUUACAUUCUUAGUCAAUGUGUUUGUUUGCUCUGGUUUUUAUUUGAUAUUUUGUUGGCAGCUGCUUUCUUUGGGAUACCAGCAGCUUAAACCCAUAUGGUAUGUUAGGGGUUCUUCAGUCUUAUCUGGGAAUGACUGUGGAAUUAAGAUCUCUUUGUGGGCAUAACAUUCCAUGAAGAAACAAAGGCCCAGUUAAGAUGUUCUAAAAUGCUUCAUGUGGAACAUCUCAGUGAUGCAGAUGAGUAGAGGAAAUAAUGCUAGAUGUUCAGUUUGGGACAUUCUGACCUAAAAGAUCCUGCAAAUGAGUGUGGUUAUAAUUUUGACAUUCCAUUUCUUCAGAAAUGUCUGUGUCAGAACGACACCCUUUUUAAUCUUGAUAGUAAAUAACUUCUAGAAACAUGUUUUCCAGCUUUAUUAGGUUACACAAUACAAAAGGACAAGUUCAGCUAAAAUCCAUGCAGGCAAAAGUGCAUUGCUCCACUUUUCAAUUUAUCCUUGAAUUUUCUAGUAUUGAAGACAACAUUCCAUGCUGCCUAAUUUUUGUCUUGUCAUAAUUGAAGGCAUGGGUUGUUGGAUUCAAAUUUUGCAGCUGCUUCUUUUCAAUAAAAAGCAGUUUUUUGAGAAUGGGGGAAAAAAAUCUGUGUUUCUUUUCUUUUUUUUAAAAAAAGGAAAUUGCUUAUAUAAUAUGUACCUGGUGGGUCACUCAGCUUUCCCAUCAUGGGUAGGAUUCAGCCAUACUCUCAAAUACCGGAUGGAUGCUGUGCAAGUUAUUCAUCUGUUGUUCAUCCCUGGAGUCUAGCCAUGAGCACUGGAGGCAGAGAUCCAGCCAGUAGAAAAGCAUGUAUAGGCGGAAAUGUGCAACUGUAAGAGGUGCCACUGGUUCUAAGAGGAUUUAAAUUUAGGGAUGUGCACGUGGUUCUAGGAUGAUAUAAAUUAAAGGGCAAUUUAAAGAAUGAUUUACAUUUAGGGAUGGGCAGAUUAUAGCUGCCUUCCAAAACAUUGCCUAUACUUGCUAGGUCUGAUGGGAAUUGCAAUCUAAUAAUCUUUGAAGGGCUGUAGGUUGCUCAGUCUUGUUCUAAAUGUGUGAUUUCUCUGAAUAUUUAGAUAGUUUCAGCUGUUGUAAUGCAAGAUGCUGUGUCUCUUUUAUAAUAAUGUGGUGUUGUGUAUAUAAAUGAAUCAGUCUGAGGAAGGUUUAAAACUAUAAGUAGAAAAUGUUUCCAUAGGUUGUAAAAGGUUCUGUCUUUUUUUAAAUGGUUCAUCAACCCUAAUGUACAUCGCUUAACUUUUUUUUUCUAAAUGAGACUUUAGUUAAGAAAGAGCCUGGAUUCUGGAGAUGCUAUUUCUAGCAAAGUUUUUAAUAUAGACAAUAGCUUCAAAUUUGAAUAUUGUUGAUGUUCCAUCUAAUUAACUGUCUUGCUCAUUACUCUCAUGUCUUCAGAUUACAUGUGUUACAGCUUACAUAUAUUCAUCUAUUGGCCUGCUCUAUUUGCUCUUUAAUAACCUAGUGGAUCAAUAUUUUAUGUAGGGCAUGAAAGUAUAAAGCAAGGCUUUACCAUUUUCUGUUCCUUUAAAUGGACCAUUUUGUUUCCUUUCUUACUUCCUAGAAAUGCUUGAAUCUUCUAUUUUAAAGAAUUUUCGAAGGACAGUAGAUCAACAUUGCCCAACCUCAGAUUUAAUGUUAUAAGUUACUUGGAAAUUCAUUUAUCUCUCUUCUGCCAGCUGUGUCUUGAAUAUCAUAUUUAGCUGGGAUUUAUCAGCCAUCACACAUGCUAGGCUGAGGCAAACUCUACUUUGAUGUUUGCAACCCAAGCAAUGAACUAUGCGAGAAAGCUUUGUUGUUGUUCAUGUUGUGUACCUUUAAGUCAUUUCCAACUUAAGGCAAACCUAUCAUGGGGUUUUCUUGGCACGUUUUGUUCUGCGUAGGUUAGCUAUUACCAUCCUCUAAGGCUGUGAGAGUGUGAUUUGCCCAGGGCCACCCAGUGCAUUUACAUGGCUGAGACACAAUUUGAACCCUGGUCUUCAAAGUCAUAGUCUAAGUUACCAGAGUCACUAUGCCACCCUGGCUCAUCCAAGGAUGUUCCUUGCUAAAGCGAGCCUUCAUGUUCAACACAGAAUUCAGAUUUAGUCAGUAGAUGACCUACUGAAAUUACUGAGACUUUAGUCAGUAUCUGCUUAAAUUCCAUUGAUUUAAGUUUGUUCAGUGACUAAAUCUGGAUCUAAUCCAGGAUAGAUAAUCCUAUUUUUUCAAGAAGAAAAAUGAGCCGGAAAUGUAAUUUAAAUAAAAGAUGGAAAAUGAAUAUGGUGAUUUUGUCACUAUGACAUCUUCUACAUUGAAAGCAUGUAUGUAGAUUGAAGCCAUUCAAAUAGUGUUGUGUGCCCAGUUUCAGCCUUGAUGUUUCCAUCAUCUGGGAAUGUACAGAUGAUUCAUAUUGUUGGAUUGGUUUCCAAUCAUAAUUGAAUCACCAUAGGUGUGCAUAGGCUAUGGUUUUGUGCCUGUAUCUUUGGAUAGAAUCUACUGUGACAACUGAAAUUGUGUUUUAUGUUAUGUUAAGUAAUAUAUACUGCUUUGAGAAACUGCAGUUAGAAAGUAAAUAAUACUACAUGUGCAAGAUCAGCAAUGCAUAACUGCUCCCAAGUCAAAAAUUACUUCUGUUGAAGUGUCAGUGACAUUUUUUAAAAUUAUCAUUCCUUGUGCUGCUAAGCUAAAAUAGUCAUUAGUAAAUCCUGUUGUAAGCAAACUACAUGGUGUCACACAAUGUUUUACAAUUAGCUUGACCAAGUGUCAGAUUCUUAUGGGAUACUUUGGCCUUGGAUCCUACAUACUUUAUUUUUCAUUAUGUCCUGCUGAUUUCACUGAAAAGGCAGAACUAGACAUCCCACUCCCAGUGAUCUGACAGUGAUUUAACCAUUUAUCUUCCUGCCGUCUUUCUGAUAAAUAAAUCUCUCCCCACUGUGUGCUACUUUUCUCCCAGUAGGAAAAGUAAUAGUCAUAAUUGCUCAGUUGUACUUUGCCAUUACAGUAUGUGAAAUGUGUCACUUUUUAAUUACUGUACAGUUGCCCAGGUUACAUAGAAGUUUCAGAUGGCAACAGUAGUAGUCAGAUUUGCAAACUGGAUGUAGUUACUGGCAAAUAAAUGAACCAACAUGAUGAUUUAGGAAACAUUUAAUAAACAGCUUUGUUAAUAAGAAUGUUUUGACCUUUAGAUAUCUGGAUUCUCUAAAUAUUAAGGCAUCCAUUCUGAUUUUGCCAUUGAAAGAAGUGGGACUUAUUUCUCAGUGAAGAUGUAUAUCAUUGGGCUGUAAGUCACAUUUUCCUGCCUGCCCUCCCAAUUUUUAUGCUACUGUAUAAUAUAUUUGUUUCUUUGAAGAGUGUAUGUUUUAGCUGGUUCAUGUAUGUCAGACAUUUCUUGAAUCUGGGAUACAUGUAUAUUUACAUGUGAGGGGAAAAAUCCAAAAUCAAGGGUGGGAUUAAUGUGGCCCACCAAUUGCUGUUUGACUGCAACACCUAGCGUUCCUCACAAUUGGCUGUGUUGGCUAGAACUAAUGGGAGUUGUAGUCUAACAUCUGGAGGGCUGCACAAUUUUCAUCCCUACCCUGAAUAUUCAUAUAAAUCCAUCAGAACAAUAUUGGAACUCUGAACUAUAAUUCAGCAGUUCAGUUCAUCUGAUUUUCAUCUCAUGGUGUUUUGGAUUAAGUAUAAGUUUGCUGAGGCCGCAAUUUUAUAUGUCAGUAGCUGUGAGACUAUGGGGCUAAACAGACCGGCUUGAAGUGCCGACGUGGAGAUGGCAUGGGGGCAUGGCAUUUGGACAAUGCAUGCCCUCAUGCUGUCCCACACUGGUGUCACACCGCCUGCCUGACCACAUGGAGGGUGGCAUCACAGUGAUCUUUUGGUGCAGUGUUUAUAUGCUGCAUGCUGAAAGGAGCGCUGCAAAGUGCUGCCGUGGUGGCAAUAUCACCUUUUUGCUAGCUCUCAAAGGAGUGGCAUUUUGCUGCCUCUUUUUGAGCCAGCAAACUGCUGGCUUGGGGCUGUGGUGGGGCUGAUCAGGUGCUGAAAAGGGCGGCACAACGCCACUCUAUCUAGGCCUUCUGUUUUGCCCCUAUGUCUCACUGGAUUCAUGCAUACUUAUUUCAGAGUCAGAAUCAGAAUUGAAGAAUUUGAGAGUCAGUGAGGUUUAUCACACGGAGAUUUUUAGAGCUUUUGCAGCUCAGUUCCGACGAUGUGAAUUAACAUCAU